AAAACCGAAAACCAGAAACAUACGCAAGAAAGUCACAGUCGAUGACGAAGACGCUGAUUCUAUAUCUGAUCAAUCGUUGCUGCUGUCAACCGCAACAACCACAACGACCCCAGCAACUCCAGCAACCCUAACAAAGAAAACAAAAAAGUUAAAAUCACAUGUAAAGCUAAGCUUUGGGAUUGAAGAGGAAGCGUUGGGAUUUUCUGAGGAUGAAGGUGGGGAGGUCUAUGUAUCAAAGGUCCAAGCGAAUAGACGGACGCCCGGUACAAAGCCACGAAAAUUGUAUUUGGAUGUGCGUUCUUUACCUAAGAAUUUGGAGAGUGGUACUGAAGCACCAACAUAUACAAAGGAAAUAUUGUCUCAGUUGAAAGAAAGCACACCAAACACGCCUCCAUCGUUUACCGAAGAUGCUUUGGUUGCAGAGAAGUUUCCUUCAACUAUUGGAACAGGUCCCAUAACGGGUAUUCCUGACCCUGCUACAAUUCAUGCGGCUAAGAAGAAACGAGAAAUGCUGCGACAGCGGGCAGUGAGCGGUGCUCCAGAGUACAUUUCAUUAUCAGAUGAGACGGACGUUAUAUCUACUUCUGGAAAAAAGUUAGAGUCGAGAUUAGUACGUGAAGAAGAUGAAGCGGAUGACGUUGACGCUGCAACUGAAGUUUCACAAUUGUUAUUGGAGAAAUCAGAGGAGGAAGUUUUGAAACUAAAAAUUAAUGAUCCAUUCCGGAAAAAUCAAAAGACAGUCGAGGAGGCUUUGGAAUGGAAGAUAAAAACGAAAAGCAGAGAAUACCUCGAGACAUUACAAAAUCGACAAGAUGCAGAUUUGAAAUGUAUGUUUGUUAUUUUGAGAGUUGAAUUAAAUUCGAAGCUCUUGGCUGAGAUUUCUGAGCUUAGAAAGGAGUAUGCCAAGAUUCCUGAACUUAGAAAAAAAUAUGCUGAGAUCGAAGCUGGAAAUGUGAAGUUAAGACAAGUCAUAGAAGAGAGCAUUGAGCUUAAAACCAGGUUUGAAGAGUUGGAGAAAAAUAAUAAAACAGAUACUGCCAAGCUCACUGCCGAGAAUACUGAGCUUAAAGAUAGAAUCACGAAAUUGGAACAGAAGCAGACUCAGGUCAUUACUAAUGAAUUGAGAGCAUCUUCUACAACAAAAUCUGAAUCUUUAACGGAACUUGAAGAAUCAGAGAUUCGAUGCUCUGCAUUACCCCCUGCAACCUCUUUACCGCAAGAUGAUACAUCUAAACAAAUGUCAGAAGACGCAUCCGAUAUAUCUGAUAUCGCUUCAAAUACCAAAUCAUUGGAAGAUAAGGCGAUCGAUGAAUUCUUGGAUGGGGUGCAUAAGAAAAGGCACCUCGCUGACCUAGCGGAAUGGAAUAAUGAGUACGACAUUGCCAGUCAAGAAUAUCUUCAACUCAAGGCUUUGCAUCCAAAUCCGACCAAAAACGUGACAAAGGUUGGGAGCAGAAACGCAAAUCAAAUGCCAGCCGAUGGCGGUUCCUCAAUCAUUAUUCAUAAUUCAACGCUAUCACGAAACUCAUCAGGAAACUCUUUAGAAAUUGGUUCCAUUGCUAAAAGCUUUGUUGAUGAAAUGACUCCUCAACAGCAAAUGCCUCAACAACAAAUGUUGUUUUCAAGUUUCUUUGUUGCCUUGGCCAUAAGAAUGAAAGUGACGAAGCAACAGACGGUAAUGGGACUGAUACAAUAA